AUGUUAGGCAGAUCAAUUGCAUCUAAACCUCGGUUCAUUAGAGCAAUUCUAAAUACUAAGCGAGCAAUGAGUGUGUUAUAUACUGUUCAGGAUACCGCAAGAGUCGUGACUCUAAAUAGAGUCCAAAAAUUAAAUGCCUUAAAUUACGAAAUGUGUAAAUCUAUGUUUGACACAUUAGAAGAAUAUAGCAAGUCAGAUGCAGCUCAGUUGAUAGUGUUAAAAUCUGCUAAUCAGCCAAGAUCACUAUGUGCUGGUGGUGAUGUAGCUAGUGUUGCUGCUUUAAAUCUAAAUGGAGAAACUGAUAAGGCAAUUGAUGUUUUCCAAAGUGAAUAUUCUUUAAAUUAUCAAUUUGCAACUUACGAUAAACCUAUCGUUGUAUUUAUGGAUGGUAUUACUAUGGGUGGUGGUGUUGGACUUUCCAUUCAUACACCAUUUAGAGUUGCUACCGAAAAUACUAAAUGGGCCAUGCCAGAAAUGGACAUUGGAUUUUUCCCAGAUGUGGGUACUUCAUUUGCUUUGCCAAGAAUUUUAACUGUUGCUAAUAAAGAAAGUCAGUUGGCAUUAUAUCUAUGUCUAACAGGUGAUUUAAUAUCUGGUGCUGAUUGUUACUAUUUAGGUCUAGCCUCCCAUUAUGUUCCUCAUGAUAAUUUGGACGACUUACAAAAACGGUUAGGUGAGUUAAUUAAGGGCAAAUAUAAAAAUAAGGACUUUUAUUCGAUUGUGAGCAGUGCCAUUGAAGAGUUUUCAACACCCUUACCAAAGACUUUUAAACCAUUCCUCACAGUUGAUAAAUUAGAUGUUAUUGACAAAUGUUUCAAGCUAUCAGACGCAACAACAAGUAAAUCAAUUAUUAGUACUCUUCAGGAUUAUAGUGGUACUGAAGAAGCAAAUCAAUUUAGAACAGCUAUCCUCGAUAAGCUGUUGGUUAAAUCUCCAACUUCAAUGGAACUUGCUAUAAAGCUGAUUCGUACAAAUGGAACAGACGAUAUCCAAUCUGCAUUAUCUAGAGACUUGAUUACUGCAGCAAAUAUGUGCAUAGAAGAAUCCUCAAAUCCAGCUUCUCAAGUUGAAUUUUCACGUUCCACAAAGCAUAAGUUGUUAGAUAAGAUUAAAACACCAUAUCCUUGGACUACAAAGAUUGACAGUGUCUCUACUGAUUUUGUUAACUCAUUAUUAACGCCAAGGCCUUCUAUCCCAGUUUCUCUUUGGAAAAAUAGAGCAAACUGUACUUGGAGAGAAUAUCCUUAUCACUGGAAAUAUCAAUUACCUUCAGAAAAUGUCAUUGAACAAUAUAUUACUAAUAAGAAGAAUACAUAUGGUGUCGAUAAUCUCCCCAAAGAAGAAGUAGUGGACUAUUUUUCCAAGGUAAAUAAAAUUACAAAGGAUAAACUGGGCAUUAAACAAUAUAUUUCAUUCAUUGUUGACCGAUUAUAUAAUAAUUCUAGAUCUUAA